UGCUGCAGCCGAGGGAAUGGGCUUGGAAACAGAGAACCAUGAAGUAUGGAACAACCCCAGGAAGAGGCAUUGCCAAGGUCCUCAUUGCAAACAGAGGAGAAAUUGCUUGCAGGGUGAUACGAACAGCCAAAAGAAUGGGCAUACAGUCUGUGGCUGUUUACAGUGAGGCCGACAGGAACACCAUGCAUGUAGAUAUGGCAGAUGAAGCAUAUUCCAUCGGCCCUGCUCCAUCUCAGCAGAGCUACCUGGCAAUGGAGAAAAUCAUUCAAGUGGCCAAGAGCUCUGCAGCACAGGCCAUCCAUCCAGGAUAUGGUUUUCUUUCAGAAAACAUGGAAUUUGCUGAACUUUGUAAGCAAGAAGGAAUUAUUUUUAUAGGCCCUCCUUCAUCUGCAAUUAGAGAUAUGGGUAUAAAGAGCACAUCCAAGUCCAUCAUGGCUGCUGCUGGAGUUCCUGUUGUGGAAGGUUACCAUGGAGAGGACCAGUCUGACCAGUGCCUGAAAGAACAUGCUGGGAAAAUUGGGUACCCUGUUAUGAUCAAAGCCGUGCGUGGUGGAGGAGGAAAAGGCAUGAGGAUCAUUAGAUCAGAAAAAGAAUUCCAAGAGCAGUUAGAAUCAGCUCGCAGGGAAGCUAAGAAAUCUUUCAAUGAUGAUGCUAUGCUGAUCGAGAAGUUUGUGGACACACCAAGGCAUGUGGAAGUUCAGGUGUUUGGUGAUCACCAUGGCAAUGCAGUGUACUUGUUUGAAAGAGACUGUAGUGUGCAGAGGAGACAUCAGAAGAUCAUUGAGGAGGCCCCAGCGCCUGGUAUUAAUCCUGAAGUAAGAAGAAAGCUGGGGGAGGCCGCAGUCAGGGCUGCUCAGGCUGUCAAGUAUGUGGGAGCUGGAACUGUGGAAUUCAUUAUGGACUCAAAGCACAAUUUUUAUUUCAUGGAGAUGAAUACAAGACUACAAGUGGAACAUCCUGUCACUGAAAUGAUCACUGGAACUGACUUGGUGGAAUGGCAGUUCAGGAUUGCAGCAGGAGAGAAGAUUCCCUUGAGCCAGGAAGAAAUCCCUCUGCAGGGCCAUGCCUUUGAGGCGAGAAUAUAUGCAGAGGACCCUGACAAUAACUUCAUGCCAGGGGCCGGACCAUUGGUUCACCUCUCUACCCCUCAGGCAGAUGUGUCCACAAGGAUUGAAACUGGAGUACGGCAAGGAGAUGAAGUCUCAGUGCAUUAUGACCCCAUGAUUGCAAAGCUUGUUGUAUGGGCCGCAGAUCGCCCGUCAGCCCUGUCGAAACUGAGGUACAGCCUUCAUCAGUACAAUAUUGUUGGCUUACGAACCAAUGUGGACUUCCUGCUCCGGCUGUCUGGCCACCCAGAGUUCGAAGCUGGGAAUGUGCACACUGACUUUAUUCCUCAGCACCACGAGGAACUUCUGCCCACCCACAGCGUCAUAGCCAAGGAGGCUGUGUGCCAGGCAGCUCUGGGGCUCAUCCUCAAAGAGAGAGACAUGACCAGCGCUUUCAGACUUCACACACAAGAUCAAUUCUCUCCGUUUUCAUUCAGCAGUGGGAGAAGACUGAAUAUCUCUUACACCAGGAACAUGACUCUGAGAAGUGGUAAAAGUGAUGUAGUCGUAGCUGUGACGUAUAACCAUGAUGGGUCAUAUGACAUGCAGAUUGGAAAUGAGACCUUCCGAGUCCUUGGUGAUCUUUGCAGUGAGGGAGGCUGUACCUACCUGAAGUCUUCUGUUAAUGGAGUAGCCAGUAAAUCCAAGUUCAUCAUUCUGGACAACACCAUCUACCUGUUUUCCAUGGAAGGCAGUACUGAAAUUGGCAUUCCAGUACCCAAGUACUUAUCUUCAGUGAGCUCAGAAGGAACCCAGGGAGGUACUAUCGCACCUAUGACUGGAACCAUUGAAAAGGUGUUUGUGAAAGCUGGAGACAGAGUAAAAACCGGAGACUCUCUGAUGGUUAUGAUCGCCAUGAAGAUGGAGCAUACCAUAAAAGCUCCAAAGGAUGGCAAGAUUAAAAAGGUGCUCUUCAGAGAAGGGGCCCAGGCCAACAGACAUGCGCCUUUAGUGGAGUUCGAGGAGGAGGAGGAAUCUGACUAAUGCAAGUCAUAAUGAACUGUGCCCAUCAAAGAAGGCUGACAGCACAACAUCUUACCUGCCCAAUACAGCAAGUGCCUCCUGAAUCUCUAGAUCCCAGAAAGAGGAGCUUUAUUCAAAAAAAAAAAAAAAAUGAUGAUGUGAUGGUACUUAAAACCCUUUGAUACUUACAAAUUAUCUCAAAAGAUUUCAUAGAAAUAAAACUGAGUUUUUUGUUUUGGGUUUUUUUUUUGGAAACUAAUGUCUGCCUUAAAUCUUAUAUGUUUACUCUUUUAGGAAUAGGAUAGAGGACAGCUCGAUCAAAUGAGAGAUUAAAAGGAAAAGUCAUAUAAAUAAAUGGCUUUCCAUUUACCUCUAAUGACAAUAUAGUAACUUCAGAGGCAGAUGUCACAGAGCUGAACUCAAGUAAGGGUAACUUAAUUGAGUAGUUUAAGACAUGAGUGUUACUUGUUUCUAGUCCUUGUGUCUGAAAAGUUUCUAUUUAGAUUCUUCUGCCUUUAGUGUACUUGCCAGGAGCCUGGAAAGCCCCAGGUGACUGAAUGUGUGCUGUUGACCUGGGCACGGCCAUGUCAACAACCUUUGCCUUAGACCCAAGGAAUAUGGCAAAGACACCCUCCCCCCCCCCCCCCCCCUGUGCCCAAUAUUCCCCUUUGGGAAUGAGGCCCAGAGGAAUUUUGAACAAGGCCUUCCACUGUUGCAUGUGCAGGUAUUGAUGUUGUGUGCAAACGUUGUCCAUCAUAGCCAUCUACCCCUGGGAUGUUUACAGCCUGCUCUCCUGCAGAGAUCACUCCUACCAAGAUUAGCUAAUCUGUGGCCUCCAUUCAGCUAUAUACCAUAAACCCUCUCCUUGUUUAUAUGUAUGCCAUAAUCUCACAUGCUUAUUCAGUUCUGUGUAAUAAACAUCCUGCACAUCCAA